GGAAGCAGACACGAGCGCGUGCGCGUGGAAACACGUGGGUUCAUUCAUCUGCUUGGUGAAUUUUCACAGCGCCGUUAGAGUUCAUUAAUCAGGAAGAUCUGAAGAGUUUAUUAAGAUUUAUAGCGCGCGCUCAGGUGAGAACAUCCGGAAGUCACAGUGUAGAGACUGAAUACAGUGUAAAGACACGGUGAGAUGCUGCAGGAGCCCCGCUGGCGGAUUCCCCCCAACGCUCCCGCGUGCAUGGAGAGACACCUGGAGAGCGCGCGCUACCGCAGAGAUGGUGUGUUCCUGCUCAGUGCCUCCAGUCUGACGGGUCGGUGUUGGUUCGGUUCUAUUUGGAUUUAUUCUGAUUCUAAACUGGCUCCCAAUGAGGGCUUCUGUAAGGCGGGGCUUCAGACGGAGGCGGGGCUUAAUGAUGUCAAGUGGCUGACGGACAGGACCAUCAUCACAGGAUCCGAUUCUGGUGCAGUUGAAUUAUGGGAUUUGGCUGAAGAUGAGCGCUUGUUGGUGAACAGGUUCAGUCGUCAUGAUCAUGAUCACAUCGUCACGACGAUCAGUCCAGCGGCCGACGCCCACCACAUCGUCAGUGGCAGCAUGGACUGCAGGGUUAAAGUUUGGGAUCUGAAUCAGGAGUCUGUGAUCAACACCUACAAUGUGCACUCCAUGGCAGUGAGCUGUGUGUCCUGCAGCCCAACUGACCAGUCGCUGUUCCUGUCCUGUGCUCAGGAUGGCCGAUUGCUGCUGUGGGACCGCAGAAAACCCAAACCUGCCUCUCGCUUAGAUGUGGUUUCCCCGAGCUGUUCUGUGACUGCUGUUGUGUGGCAUCCAAAUCAGACCAGCACCAUCGCCUACGGUGAUGAGUUGGGCAGGGUAACUGUGACAGAUUUCCAGGCUGCAGGACACACACAGACGAUGAACACACACACACGCAGAGUGUCAGAGCUCGCCUUCUCCUCACACAGUUCUCCUCUCCUCGCCUCAGUGAGUGAUGACUGUACCGUCGCCGUGGUGAACACAGAGCUCAGAGAAAUUUACAGAGACAGUAGACACCAGGACUUUGUGCGUGGUGUGUGUUGGGUUCCAGGCGGCUCAGACGUGCUGACCACUGCAGGGUGGGAUCACCAGGUGCUCCAUCAUAAUGUGCAGGAGACACGCACUUAAUGCACACACACACACACACACACACACACACACACACACACACACUCUUACUACAUACACACAUA